UCGACGGCACAACUAUUUUAUCCAUUCAGCUAAAAUAUAUUUAAAAUAAUUGAACCACAUUCGUUUGCUUGCAAUAAAUUGUGUGUUUUGUCUAGUGAUUCGUUAGUCUUCCUAAAAAAAGGGAUAUGUGAGUGCAAUGCAGUGAAACAGAAUGGAUGAAUUAUAUAAAUAGGGAUUGUUACAAAACAAAAGUUUUAUUGAAAUUAUGGCUGUGAAUAAAAAAAGCCCUCCCUCAAAAACGAAGAAUGAGGAGGAUGACAUUCGGCUGGAUGUAGAUAUGUGGGAUACUGAUGACACAUAUUCCUUAGCAAAUUCACAAAUUCCACUGUCCAAUGGAAAUAAUCCUGAAGUAGAAGAAUUACCUGAGAGAGGAAAUUGGACUGGAAGAUUUGAUUUUUUGUUGUCACUAUUAGGUUAUUCAGUUGGACUUGGAAAUGUAUGGCGCUUUCCAUACCUUUGCUACAGUAACGGUGGAGGUGCUUUUCUUAUACCUUUCACAAUAAUGCUAGUGAUAGCUGGGCUUCCUCUAAUGUUCAUGGAAUUGUCUUUUGGACAAUACGCAGGCUUAGGACCAAUAGGAAUUUAUCAACGAUUUUGUCCAUUGUUUGAUGGGUUGGGCUUCGGGAUGGUUAUAGUUUCAGCUAUUGUUUCGAUGUACUACAACGUAAUUAUUUCUUGGACAAUACAUUAUAUGUUUGCAUCAGUGACAUCUGAACUACCAUGGUACGAUUGUGAUCCGGAAUGGAGUACGGAAAAUUGCUAUUCAUUACAUGAUGCUGAGUCAUGCGAACACGAGAACAAAACGUUUUUUCAUAGACGUUGUUAUAAUUCAACUGAACUUAUUGAAAAUAAUUUAACAACAGCUGUGUUGCUAGCGGUUAAGAAAACGCCACCAGCAGAAGAAUAUUUCGAAAGGCACGUUCUCGGAUUGUCUUCUGGCAUUGAAGAAACGGGUGGGAUCAGGCUCACAUUAGCGCUGAGUUUAUUUGCAGCAUGGGUAAUUGUGUUCCUAUGUUUGUGUAAAGGUGUCCAAUCAUCCGGUAAAGUCGUUUACUUUACGGCGCUGUUUCCCUAUGUGGUUCUAGUUAUUUUAUUUAUACGUGGUGUGACUCUGCCAGGUGCUUCUACCGGAAUUUUAUUUUAUCUAACUCCAGAUUUUAAGCAGCUAACGAAAGCUAAGGUUUGGGGCGAUGCAGCUGUACAAAUAUUUUUCGCAUUAAGUCCUGCUUGGGGUGGACUAAUAACCCUGUCAUCGUACAACAAAUUUACGAACAACUGUUACAAAGACGCAUUAAUUGUGGCAAUUUCCAAUAUACUGACGUCAUUCUUUGCUGGUUUAGUUAUAUUUUCGAUAAUUGGUUUCCUUGCGCACGAACUGGAAGUUGAUGUUGGUAAUGUCAUUGAUCAGGGAGCUGGUUUAGCGUUUAUCGUGUAUCCCGAAGUUGUGACACGUCUGCCAAUCGCUCCAAUGUGGUCGUUGUUAUUUUUUGUUAUGUUAUUAACACUAGGAUUAGAUUCGCAGUUCGCUCUGAUGGAAACUGUUACAACUGCCAUUUUGGAUAAGUUUCCCAACCUAAGACAGUUUAAAGUGUGGAUUGUGUUAUUCGUAGCAAUAUUCGGUUAUAUCGGCGGUCUAAUUUUCACUACGAACAGUGGAAUGUAUUGGCUUCAAUUAAUGGACAAAUAUGCAGCUAAUUGGUCUGUCCUGCUAAUUGCAAUUUGUGAGUGCAUAUUAAUUGCAUGGAUCUAUGGUUCGGAACGGUUUCUGAGCGACAUUCAAGGAAUGAUCGGAAAACGAUCAAGGAUAUGGGUUCUAUUUUGGUCAUGGAUGUGGAAGCUUAUUACACCGGCAGCAUUAUUCUUUAUAUUGCUGUUCAAUUGGGUGGAAUAUGCACCAGCUUCAUAUGGUCCCUAUAUCUACCCGAUUUGGGCUGACGCUAUUGGCUGGAUAAUUGGCUUGUUGCCGGUGAUGAUUAUAAUCAUUUCUGCCAUAGUUCAAGUCACACAAGCACCCGCAAACCUAUCGUUUACUCAAAAAUUGAUAACUUUGGUCAAGCCUACAGCAGAAUGGGAUUUAUGUAGUCGUUCGGGCGGUGGACAGCAAAGAGGGAAGCGGAAUUCACGUUGUAAUAUUACAAAAACAACAGUGCUAAUCAAUGGCGUUCCAAUGGAUGUAACUUCAAAUGAAGAUGUCAUGCAAUUAUGUGAAUGUCCUUCUGCCUCGAAACUCUCACAAAAAUCGGAUGACGGUGCCACCAGUGACGACUUCAACGAAAUCAAUGUUUUAAUCAAUACGAAAGGUGCUAAUAAACAACCUGGACCAAGCAUUUUGAAGAAUUCAAAAGUUGCGAAAAAUUCGACAAAUGGAAAAUCUAAGGCUAAACUACCGGACUGUAGCCCAUCGAAACAACCGUUAAUAUGUUCCGUAUCCAAAAGUGAUGCGGUACACAAUCGUGCGAAAGCCAUAUCCAAAAAAUAAGUUUAAAUUGUUCAUCGGAGGACUGAUAUUUCAAUUUUUAAUUUGAACAAAAAACAUAGACAAGCAAUUCGUGGUCGGGCUUUUAAAAACAUUUUUAUUUUGAAGAAAGUUAACAUUUCCGUGAAAAAGUAUUUAUAGCGAUGAAACUAGCUUCGUAUUACAUUUAUAUUGAUGCAAAAAUAUAUAUUUUGCUCAUUAUGUUGCAAUUAAAGGAACACCUAAAUUUCUAAGAAAUUAUCUUAAUAUUCGGUAGAUGUUCUUCGGUUUAGAUUAGAUUCAGCUUUUUAGACCCUAUAGCUGUUCGAUGAUCAACAUUACCCAGAACGUAAAUAUUUGCAGAGAAAGCUUGAAUCACCGUAAAUUUAAUUGAAAUUGUGUUUGUGAGUAUAAUGGUUAAGCAAUAGGUUCGUUGUUAAGUUGUUUAUAAUUUGUGGAACACGAUAAUCCGAUUAAGACACCGGAAUCAAUAAAACUAAGCCCCAUGACGGUUUUCCGUUUGAGAAAUUUUGAGACAUCUGUAAUACCGAGAAACAACUCUCGUUGGAAUAGAUAAAUGAUAUUUUAUUGUCUGAACUACUUCUGCAACACUACAGAGCUCUCACAAUAAAUUACAACUCCGGUGUGAAAUUAAGAAUCUCACUCUUCUAUAUUCAUGUAGAGUGCUUCAAUUGCAGAACUGCUGCAAACUCUAAAAAAGGCUAGAAGAAGGACAAAAAAGUCCAUUUUUUAAAAAAUGUAAAACAUUUUUUGGUAAAAUAUUUGUUAAUUGUUAUUGAAACUUAAAACAGGUAAAUUCAGUUUAAAGGUGUGAUGUUGCACUCUGGCAUGUAAAACCUCCCUUUAGACGAGAAAAAGAAACACAUCAAUAUUUAGAUACUAGACUGUUGAAUUGACUGUUAGUUUAAGAUAUCUUAAAACGAUGCCAAUUUUUAUAAAAAAAGAAAUAUUUAAUGAAAUUGUAAUUUACGUUCAAGGAAUUGAAAAUUCCGUUUUGCUACAUUUGGCUACUUAUUAGGCAUUAACAUGAAUUUUGGAAAAGUGCUAAAGGUAACAAGACUAUUAACUAUUUUAAUUGAAUUAUAAGAAUGAAUACUGCGAUUGCAAUUUGUCGGAUGUCAAUUUGUCAGGCAAAAAUUUCGAAAAUUCUUUCGAUUACAGGCUUCACACAUGCCAUCAACAUUUAACAGAUCAUAUGCUCGUCAGAAAUAAUAAUUAUCGACUCUCUAUUACUUCAUUUGGUCGAUGUGUUUUUUACUUCUUUUAUUUUUAUUUAUUUACACAUAAUCAAUCGAACAAAUUCAUAAAUACAUACUUGCGCUUAAAGCAUAACCGAAGAAAAACCAGAAAAAGACCUCUUACUAAACCGUCAUAAUCUAAUGUCCAAAUUCCUUAACCAUUCGAUUGCGUUAUCCGGUCAGUUCAUUGAUUUCGGUUAGACCGCCGUCGAAUUUUCGUAAUGAGCACUCGUUGACUAUAUAGUGAAUCGUUUGUUCCCGGUGGCCACAGUCACAUUUCGGAUCGAUAGACGGGUCCCAUUUGUUCAUUGUAUAGUUACACCGUCCGUGAUUUGUUCUGAUGCGGUUCAGCUGUGUCCAAAUUUUCCGAUCGUUUUCGUGUCCUUUUGGCUUAUCAGUGGGGUCUUCAACAAGUUGAGCUUUAAUCGGUUGUGCGUCGUUCCACUUUCGUUUCCAUUCGUUAUUAAGGCCAUAGGGGAUAUCGAGAUAUCAAUCUUGUGUCAGUUCUUCCAGCGAUAUCCUGAUGUAGCUCCGGAUCUUCCACAAUUUUGUUGAAUUCCUUUUCCAAUGCAAUUUUCCGGCGGCUAUAUAUUUGCUAGCACCGAUAGCCAUGGAAUGGGAGUAGAUUUGGUUGUUCCAGUGAUAAUUCUCAGACAUGAGUGCAAUGUCGUGUCGACUUUCUUUACGUGUGUACUAUGCGACCACACCGGGCAGCAAUAUUCCGCCGUCGAAUAUACCAGAGCCAUUGCUGAUGAACGAAGUGUUGAAGCUGACGAACCCCAGUCGGAUCCGGUGAGUAGUUGUAUUAUUUUACAUCGGGUUUUUAGCUUUUCUCGAACCUUACUUCUUUACUUUUAACAUACAUUUCGCAAUAUAAGAUCAAAUACAUAAAUCAUAGCAUCAAUUUUUAGUCUGAUGACUGAUGACA